CUAGAAGAAGCGCUGCCUGCCCGCCGGAGCCAGAGCGGAGCGCCAGCAUGCGGAAGGCGGCCCGGCCCAAGAGCCCCGGCAAACCAAAGGAAGCCACCUUCAAUGCGGAGGAUGGUUACGUGAAAAUGUUCCUCCGGGGACGCCCCAUCCCCAUGUUCGUCCCCGAUGCCGUGGUGGCCACCUACAGCCUGGACACCAAGCUGGACCUGCCCCACAAGAAGCUGAAGCUGGACUGGGUAUACGGGUAUCGGGGCCGUGACUGCCGGUCCAACCUUUUCCUGCUGCCCACGGGAGAGAUUGUCUAUUUCGUGGCUGCCGUGGCCGUCCUUUACAGCGUGGAGGAGCAGAGGCAGCGCCACUACCUGGGCCACACCGACGAUAUCAAGUGUUUGACCGUGCAUCCAGACAUGGUGACUGUGGCGACCGGACAGGUGGCCGGGGCGUCAAAGGACGGCAAGGUGUUGCCGCCCCAAGUGCGCAUCUGGGACUCCGUGAGCCUCAACACCCUCCACGUCCUGGGGCCCGGACCGUUUGACCGAGCAGUGACCUGCGUGGGAUUCUCCAAAUCUAACGGGGGCGGCCUCCUGUGCGCCGUGGACGACUCCAACGACCACGUCCUCUCCGUCUGGGACUGGCAGAAGGAGCAGAAACUGGCCGACGUGAAGUGCUCCAACGAAUCCGUCCUGGCCGCCACCUUCCACCCCACGGAGCCCUCCCUCCUCAUCACCUGCGGGAAAUCCCACCUCCACUUCUGGACCCUGGAAGGCAGCAGCCUCAGCAAGCGGCAGGGCAUCUUUGAGAAACACGAGAAGCCCAAGUACGUUCUCUGCGUGGCCUUUACGGAGAACGGGGACACGGUGACCGGAGACUCGGGGGGCAACCUCUACAUCUGGGGCAAAGGGGGGAACCGGAUCUGCCACGCGGUGCCAGGCGCCCAUGAGGGGGGCAUCUUCGGCCUCUGUGUGCUGCGGAAUGGGACCAUCCUCACGGGGGGCGGCCGAGAUCGGCGGGUGGUGCUUUGGGGACGGGAUUACCAGAAGCUGCAGGAGAACGAGGUCCCGGAUGGCUUCGGGCCAGUGCGCACCAUUGCGGAAGGGAAGGGCGACUCGCUCUUUGUGGGCACCACACGCAACUCUGUGCUGCAGGGCUCCCUGCUGACCGGCUUCUCUCUGCUGGUGCAGGGACACACGGAAGAGCUUUGGGGCCUGGCCACCCACCCCUCCCUGGACCAGUUCCUGACCUGCGGGCAGGACAAGCAGGUGCACCUGUGGAGCGUGGCCUCCCACCAGCCGCUGUGGAGCAAGGGGGUUGAGGAUGCGGCUCGCUCGGCCGGCUUCCACCCCAACGGCUCGGUCCUGGUGGUGGGCACGGUCACGGGCAGGUGGCUAGUGCUGGACACGGAGACCCGGGAUCUGGUGGCCAUUCACACGGACGGAGGAGAGCCCAUCUCCGUGGUCAGCUUUUCCCCAGACGGGAAGUACCUGGCUUUGGGGUCCCACGACAACUUCGUUUACAUCUACCUGGUUUCCGAGGGUGGCAGGAAAUACGGCCGGGUUGGCAGAUGCUCAGGCCACUCCAGCUUCAUCACCCACCUGGACUGGGCCUCCGACAGCAGCUGCUUGGUCACCAAUUCGGGGGAUUAUGAGAUUCUGUACUGGGACCCCUCCACCUGCCGGCAAAUCACCAGCGCCGAGGCUGUGCGCAACCAGGAGUGGGCUACCGCCACCUGCGUGCUGGGCUUUGGGGUGUUUGGGAUCUGGCCUGAGGGGGCGGAUGGCACCGACAUCAACGCAGUGUGCCGUUCCCACGAGGGGAAGCUCCUGGCGUCAGCCGAUGACUUUGGCAAAGUGCACUUGUUCUCCUACCCUUGUUGCCAGCCACGGGCCCCCAGCUACACUUACAGCGGCCACAGCAGCCACGUCACCAACAUCGCCUUCCUCCACGAUGACAGCCUGCUGCUUUCCACCGGUGGGGUGGACACCAGUGUCCUCCAGUGGCGCCUCGUGUAGGGAGGGAG